GAUUGAUGAAAUGAAAUCUUUGCAAACAUCACCCCGCCUUAUGCUAUGGUCAACUCUUUCAUUCCCUUCCUUGUCCUCUCCCUCUUCCUUCUCCAUUUCCCUCUCUAUGCCGCAAACUUCCACAAGCUCAACCAACUCCAACCAGAUUUUCUCGCUGAAGCCACAUCCUCUGACGACACAGCACCACCAACUGAGUACUUUGAGGUAACCAGACCCAUUGAACUCCCCGAAACAAAACCUUGUUCAUACAACGUUCUCCACCAUGAUUUUGCCUACACAUAUGGCAAACCCCCAGUUCUUGCAGAUUACACCCCUCCCUCUCAGUGCCCAUCACAGAAAUUCUCCAAGAUCGUUCUUGAGUGGAAGUCAACGAGUAAAGGAAGGCAGUUUGAUCGCAUUUUUGGUGUGUGGCUUGGUGGGGUUGAGCUACUCAGAAGCUGCACAGCAGAGCCAAGAGCUACUGGAACUGUUUGGACAGUUCAAAAGGAUAUCACAAGGUACCAUUCUCUUCUAUUGAGUAACCAAACACUUGCUGUUUAUCUGGGCAAUAUUGUUGAUAAAACAUAUACUGGGGUUUACCAUGUUGAUAUCACUAUCCAUUUUUACCCUGAUGUUGAGUCAAAGUUUGCUGGUUUAGCAUCUGGGAGUGGUUUCCCUGCGGAUUUGAUCUUGCCCAUUUCGAGAAACCUUCGAUUGAAUGAUGGGUUGUGGUUCCCUAUUGUGAAUUCUUCUGAUGUAGGCUUGAAGGAGUUUAAGGUCCCUCAAAAUGCUUAUAGGGCUGUGUUGGAGGUUUAUGUUUCAUUUCAUGAGAAUGAUGAGUCCUGGUAUGCCAAUCCUACAAAUGAAUAUCUUUCUGUGAACAAUCUUACUGAUGCACCUGGGAAUGGUCCAUUUAGGGAGGUUGAGGUUACUCUUGAUGGGAAGGUUGUUGGUGCAGUUUGGCCUUUUACUGUGAUUUAUACAGGAGGGGUCAAUCCUCUCUUGUGGAGACCUAUUACUGGGAUAGGCUCAUUUGAUCUUCCAUCCUAUGAUAUUGAGGUUACACCCUUUUUGGGGACUAUAUUGGAUGGACAAACCCAUUCAUUGGAGUUCAGUGUGACUAAUGCGUUGAAUGUUUGGUUUAUAGAUGCUAAUUUACAUCUUUGGUUGGACACAAAGAGUAGUAGAACCGAAGGAGAACUUGUGAGUCUUAUUGACAAACCUUUGGUUGAAUAUCUAGUAUCUGAUAUCAAAGGUUUAAACGGAACAUUCUGGACUAGGGCACAGAGGUCCAUUUUGUCUACUGGAUGGGUAAAAUCCUCCUAUGGCAAUAUCACAACCAGUUUAGUACAAGAUUUUGUUUUCCACAAUAAAUUGGUAAUGGGGAAGAAUGGGCGUAAGCAAACUGUGAAGCAAACGAUUUAUUUCAAUGACACUGUCCAUGCUAAACUUCCAUCACCCCUUCUUGAUUCUAUUGAGGAAACACACAGAAAAUUUUCCCUGUAUUUGGCCUCAGAUGAAUUGGAUCAGGAUAAUGAUACUUAUUUAUCUGUUGAAAAUGUUACACUGGGAUUUGAAGAGAACAAGUCUAAGAGUGGAGAUUUUGGAUUUUCAAAGAGCUCUCUCAAAAACAUGCAGGAUGGCCAGGGCACUAUGGUUGUUAGAAAGAAUUUGGUUCUUAAGGGACAGGGUGAAACACAUCAAGAUUAUGGAUACACAAGCACUGGAUAUUGCUAUUCUAGGAAAGUUGGCAGCUCAAAUUACACAAUUCUAUAUGAUAAAAUCAGAAAUUCAUGCCAGAAAAGAAGUCACCCUCAUUUUGGCCUUAAUUUUAUGAAAAAGUUGCCCAUUAUGCUCUAGGGUCCUUUCUUAUAGGAAAAGAGAAGUUAACUCUCCGUUGCUUGGUUCUUCAUGUUCUUCCUUUUUAUAAAGGUUCCUUUAUAGUCCAAUCUCGAACAUUAGUUCUGUGCUGCCUGUGUUAAACUGUUGUCAUUUCGCAACUGGGAUUUGUGAGUCUGAUUUUUAUUUUAUUUUUUUCAACCUAUGUGUAAUAAUCAAAUUAUGAUCUCAUUUCUUCUGCCACUUACUAAAACAUGAUUGGUUCUCAAUAGAUUUUGUAUGUCUUAAAAAGGUUUUGCUUGUAUAGUUUUGCAUAAGGAACAGUCCGGUUACUGGCUGGAGCCCGUUCUAUUUAAAUUGUAGUUUCUCCCCUGCUUUUAUUUGUUCCCAUGCCCCUGUAUAAGUGUUUUAAGGUUGGCAUGAUGCUCUAAAUCUGACUUUAUCAAAGGUUGUCUUCGAAGUAUCUUCUUGGAGGUGAAAGGAAUCAUUUCGAGGAUAGAAGAGGAUUUGGAGAGCCGUGGUUGUAUAGAUUAUCGAAGAGACUUCUUAUUCUGUUAGAGGAGAAGUGCUGGUAGUAGUAGGUUUCGUCAUCGUGGUGAUUAGGAAUGAAGCUUUGAAUAAAUCAUCACUGUGUAUUCUCCGGUGAAAACCCAUAGAUUAAUUUGAAGGUGAAUCAAUGAAGAAGCUAACAGUUCCAACUCCAAUAAUGGCAAUGACCCGAGAAUCAAUCAGGAUUCAAAAGUGGGACAAUGGUGCAUGCUGCUGCUCUCACUAGAGUCUAGAGGAAGAUGUUUGUAUGAUUUUAAGAAAACACAAAACAUGUAUCAUUGUACAAGAGAUAUGCUGAUGUUAAUACCUCUUGAACAUGCAGUUUUCCUACUUGUUGACUCUGAUUACUUUGUUUUCUUAGGUUUAUCUUACCUUUAACAUUAGUUGAUUAUUACUA